UGACAUUUUUUACCACAAGUUUAGAGAUAUAUGGAAGAUGCUGUCUGUAUUUACAGUAUGAGCUGUGGUCUUAUGUCACGUGUACACAAUGUACAGGGGGGUCGAUUUAUUCAUGCUGAUAUCUGUAAUUUUGUAAAACCAGCAGUGGUGGGAUUUGUAUGGUACUUAACUCCACUGACAUACUGAAAAGUUACAUAUAAUUUAGUUUGGGGGCGAUAUCUAGGUUUAGAAAUUGGGGGGGAUCCUCUGUGCAUUUGUUUCAGAUUUAUUUGUUGAUUCUGGGUCAGACAUGUCUGUUAAACAAGCCAGUCAAUCUGUAAUUUAGUACUGACUGGACAUGAUGCCACACACUAUACCUUUAGGAAUACAGCCCCCGGUUAUUUACUAAUUGGUGGGGAAAAAGCAGCAAUUUAACAGCCUUCUACUUGUCUUAACAAAGCAGUACAAUAGAGAACAAUGCAAGGCUGGGGCUGUCAGAGAUAGGGCAAUAUGGGAACACUUGGACAAGAGCCAAAAAACUAGAGCAGCCUAUUCCUCCAAUUCAAGGGGGGUGGCUCAGAAAAGUCUCAAUAGUUACCCUUGAAUUUUUUGUUUAAUUUAUUGCAUGGUGCUUUUAAAAGGUUAGUGAGUAUUUCAGUAUCACCGUUUGCAAGUGGGCUGGACCUACAGCAUGUAAAUUUAGCAGUAGACCAGAUGGCUUGGCAGAGCAGAGGGUGGGUGUGAGAGUGUGGAGCUGUGUGCUAGGCUGUAAGGUCUUGUGUGUGAUGUCACACGCUGCAUGUCAGGGUUCUCGGCACAGACUGUCAGGAGCGAGUCACAUUGGCUUUAUGGGAGCGUCCCCUCGCUUCCCUGCAAGGAUGUAAACGAAAGGGGAAUCGUCAUGCCUUUCUCUAACACAGAUGUCUGCAAGAAUGAGGAGCUGUAUGAAGCCUUUGCUUUGGAAGCCUUCCUUGCAUUGGAGCCCCGCAGCCUUUCCCAAGUUCUAAGUUCAGACAGAGUGGAGCAGAUGACCAAAACCUACAAUGACAUCGACAUGGUCACACAUCUGUUGGCUGAACGCGAUCGUGACCUGGAGCUGGCAGCUCGGAUUGGCCAGUCUCUACUACAACGCAACCAUGUGCUGGCUGAGCGGAACGAGGCCCUAGAGGAGCAGCUGGCUCAGUCCUUUGACCAGGUGAACCAGCUGCAGCAUGAGCUGUCUAAGAAGGAUGAGCUGCUGCGCAUCGUGGCCAGUGCCUCGGAGGAGAGCGAGACCGACUCCAGCUGCUCCACGCCGCUGCGCCACAAUGAGUCCUUCACCAUGGCUCAGGGUCUCAGCCAGCUGGAGGCGCUACAGAGCAAACUGAGGGAUAUGGAGGAGGAGAACCUGGCCCUGCGCUCCAAGGCCUGCCACCUGAAGACUGAGACGAUCACUUAUGAGGAGAAGGAACAGCAGCUGGUCAGCGAUUGUGUGAAGGAACUCAGGGAAUCCAACAGCCAGAUGGUGAGGCUGACGGAGGAGCUGUCCCAGAAGAACGAGGAUCUGGUGAGGCACCAGGAGGAGAUCGCAAACCUGCUGUCCCAGAUUGUGGACCUGCAGCACCGCGUCAAAGAGCUGGCCAUUGAAAAAGAAGAGUUGAAAAUACAUCUGCAAGCCUCCAAAGUCGCUCAGCGCCAACUCACAACAGAGCUCCAUGAUCUUCAGGAUCUGAAUGCAGAGUGUCUGGGAAUGCUCCACGAAUCCCAGGAGGAGAACAAGGAGCUGCGGAGCAAAACCACGGCCACCACCUCCAUGAGACGCCACCAAUCCCACGGGAUCUUCCCCAUGGACUCCUUGGCUGCGGAGAUUGAAGGGACAAUGCGCAGGGAGCUCAGUGUGGAGGAGGAGACCUCUUUCCAUGACCAAAGGAACAAACAGAAACGGGUUUUUGACGCUGUCAAGACUAUAAACGAGUCGGUGCGUUCUCACUCCCCCAUGAUCCACCGCCCGCUGCCCAUCCCCGGAUCAAACCAAACCAAUGUCAUCAUGACGGCACAGCCCUUCCUGUCCGGGGACAAGAGCAGCACUGAGCAGCCAACACACAGCCCCAGGGAUGGUCAUAGGCUCGGUCAGCCCGGCACCCCUGGCAGCAGUGACCUAGGGGCGGCGCUGCACCGGCUUUCCCUGCGGCGGCAGAAUUACCUGUGCGAGCGGCAGUUCUUGGAGGAGGAGCGGGAGAGGAAGCUGCAGGCUCUGGUGGAGGAGGACGGGGAAGGCAGCGGCUGCAGCACUCCCUGUGGCAGCAUCUUCUCCACAGGGACAAACCGCUCCGACAUAUCAGGGACUUCCAGCAGCUUCAGGUCCUUCCUGCCUGAUAAACUACAGAUUGUCAAACCAUUAGAAGGGUCCUUGACUCUGCACCAUUGGCAGCAGCUGGCUCAGCCACACCUGGCCACCAUUCUGGACUGCCGACCUGGGGUCGUCACCAAAGGCUUCAAACCACUGCCAGAGGACACAGUGUACCACCUGUCAGACCUGGAGGAGGAUGAGGAACAGAGGGCAAAGAGGGAGGAGGAGGAAGAGGAAGGAAUCACUUUCCAGGUCCAGUAUACCUCCACGCCAGAGGACAAGAAACGAGCCCCCCAGGAAGAAGGGAGUCCUCCAAACAUCUUCCUGCCAAAGUCCCAAAUCCUCACCGUGACAGCCCCCUCUUCUGCUCAUAACCCAGGGAAGUGUCUUUCCUCAACCCACUCUACCUACACCUUCACAAACUGCAGGAUUCUCCACCCGUCCGACAUCACUCAGGUCACACACAGCUCCAUGUACGCACCUCUGCCCCUCGGAGACAGCACUCCGAGUUCCAUGAGGACCGGCCCCAGCACUCCGGUCACACCCUGCCGCAUGAGCUUGGGAGAGGCCUUCACCCACCGGCGCAACUCCACCACCACCCUCAGCACCACCAGCGGCCUGGCCAAACUCCUGCAGGAGCGGGGCAUCUCCGCCCAGGUGUACAGCAGCCUAGUCUCGGAGACUCCAUCCUCCAUUCGGAGCCCAAGAAAAGCAGCCUCUCUCCCUGCUCCUCCCUCCACCCCUCCCAACUCCCCCUCCCACUCCCCGUGUGGCUCCCCUGUCCCCUUCGAGCCUCGCCAGGAGAACUUCCUGGCGUCGCGGCCGGCCGAGGUGUUCCUGCAGGAUGUGUACGGCCUGAAGCCCAGUCGGAGCCGGCCUGACCUCACCCAGAACAGAGUCAAUCUGGUGGAGAGGCUCAAGAGGAUGGGCUUCACCAAGGUGCUGCAGGCGGGGCCCAAGGGGGGCCUGCAACACCAUGAGUCUGCCCUCUUUGUGGCCACUGGAGGGAGCCUGCUGGACGGGCUGAGGAGGAACCAGAGUUUGCCUGUCAUGAUAGGAGGCCUGGGACCCCCUGUCAGCAGCCCCCCUGCAGUCCCCCUCACCCUCCCGCGAAUGGACAGCGUGAGAGAGGACAGGGCUCCCGAGAUCAAAUCACCAGCAGGAGAGACGACUGAGUGAAACGCACCAGCCUUAUGGACUGGGCAACAGUGGAAAAAGUGGGGAAGGGUUUGUUAAUAUAAAGAGUGCGGAGCAAAUACAGGGGAAGCUAUAAACAAACACACUUCUCUCUCGUUUUUUUUUUUUAUUAUUAUUUUUAUUUUAUUUUUUUUUUAAUACAGACACAAAAAAACAAUCUGUCAAUUUCCAAAAAAACACCGGUUUCAAUUUCAAAUCGUAAAGGAUUACAAUUUAUAAUUGUACUGAAUUAUGUAAAUGUUGACCAAGCUUGUAAAACAUACUAUAAGCAAACAAUUAUGUUAAAUGCAAAACUGAAAAGUACUGUAAGAUUUAGUAAACUGUAUGGACACAAUAGUACUGUCUAAGUAGUUCCUAUAUUGGAGUUACGGUAUGUGCUUUAUCAUUUUUUUUUAUGGGAAGUUGUGUUCUUGAGAGGUGUUGCAGUUUACAGAAGGAAUGUGGAAGUUGAUGAUGGUAAGAGAAGGUUAGAGAAGGUUUGAAAAGGUAGUGUGAGAGAGGGAGAAAGAGGUAGGGAAUCUAAAGGUUGAAGGGAAUGGAGAUGAGAGAGAAAAGGAUGGAGAUAGAUAGAGGGAUGCGAUAAAGUAAACCCCUUAAGAAAUGGCUAAGCGGUCGUGGUUAACAAGGCUGCAUCUAACCCCUUUAAAUAAAAUAAAGGCCACUUUGCCCAAGGCAAACUUGUAACCACUUGGAGGAAAGCUGUGGAUUAUUGACCCAGCACUCCCACUACAGCUGAAAGCAUGUCUGAAGAAACAUUAUGGUAAACACUAGGUAGCAAAACUGUUUAAAAAGCUUAAAGCACAGGUGACCCAUUGAUUUUAAGCUUUGUUUUAACUUUCAAAGGAAAUUCAUAAUAAUGAAGACACAAAGCUGUGGGGGGAUGAUAGCCUUUUGGAGUUCUGGAAUGUCCAUCAUUGCAGUUCAGAUCCCCUUGGUUACGCUGUCUGGCUCUUGGAAUUGUAGCUUUUUUGUGUAUUUUAUUUUUUUUAAAUGACAAGUGUGAGAUGCUGGUAAUCCAAGCCUACUUGUCUAAAAGCCACUUAUUUUAUUGACAUGAAAUCAAAGCUCCCUCUGAUUUCAAUGGAGCACAUUACAAAGCAUGUAAAACAUUCCAAGCAAUUUAAAAAAUGAAGGAAUGUAUUGACAGAGGUUCUCCUGUUUUUAAAAUAUAAUGGUUUCUAUCAGUGAUCAACAUGUUGUUAUUUUGUACAUAAAAAAAAGCUAACCUAUUGGCACAGUAUUGUCUCCUUUUCUUGUUUAUAAUUCCAGAUUUGUAUCAAUGUGUGCAAUAAGAUUCUAUCAAGUGUUUAUAUACAGUUAAUGAGUAACUCUUUGCAUUCUCAAAGCAUGUUAAGAUUGUUGUAACUUUUAAAUAAUGCAUUUAUUAAAUGUUGUGAAUGGAUGGCAGAUUCUGAGCUUCUCCAGUAUAACUAUAGUUGUACUGGAGAAACCAGCACUGCACUAUAAAGGGUUUCCUUAUGCUGCUGUGUUUCGCUAUGAGGUGGGCAAAAAAGAAUGCAAACAAGUUUGUUCAUAUUUCAGUAUUAUAGGAAUAAAGACUUUUUUGCAAUAUUACACAAACCUAUUCCCCUUAUAGCAAAUAUUAAGUAAAUGUAUUGAAGUGUUUAGUCAAUAGAAAUUGUUGAAUAGGACUACCCCCCCCCCCCCCCCUCCAGCUUUAUCGAUUAGUCGUCUUAGUCAACCAUUGAUCAUAUCCGUGAUGCGCACGUGGGAAAAUAAGCCAUAUGUUUGUUGCUGACUACCGAUCUAGUGACUGUUGUUGAACCAUGUUCCGCCGGGUUUGGUCAAAAGGUCACCAAACUGACUUGCCUCCUCAGUCCUGAAUGUCCAGCUGAGCCUGCUGUGCAAUCUGUAUCCUAGUGUCGUGUAUUGUUCUAGAGGAGUGUGUGCUAGAAUUGUGUGACAGACCCCCAUGUGUAGGAUUGUUAGGGUCCUUAUAGGAGCAUGCUUGGAUUUAGAUGUAGGGAAUGGAUCUGAAACCAUGGGCAUUGUGAUGGCAGCUGAACAUGUAGUUGCCUUAGCCACCCACUCAUCACUCUUCAGUAUAAUGAGUUUGGAUAGUUUAUCCAGUGUACUAGGUGUCAAGAACAAAUCGAAUUACAGUGCUCCCUUGAUAAUUCACGAUUUGAUAAGUCACAAAUUCGGUUAAUUCCUGGUUAGUCCAUGUUGACAAUAAAUUGUAGAACGGUUAUUUUACUGCAUAAGGACCUUUCACUAAUUCGGUGUAUUCAAUAUUUAAUGAUUUUUUUGGCCUGAAAAUCAGAUAGCGAAAUAGAGGGAGCGCUGUAGUUUGCUUUUAAAAUGAAGCGGAUCAAAAAUAAACAGGAAAUCAAUGUUAACAAUUCAAAAUAUGAUUUGUUGUUGUUGUUGUUUCUUUAUCUAACCAAGGCAGCUAUUGACCAUUUAUUACCGUACAUCUUCAAAUUAACACCUCCCUUGAAUAAACACUGCAGCAGUUUUAGGCUAUUUUAAAUAAAUGCUGCUGCAUUCAUUUGAAGAUAUAGGAGUCAGACCUUUUCAAGCAGUUUUUCUGCAAGUACAGAAAUUCAAAACAGGAACCCAACCUGUUGUGUCCUGCUGUAUAUAAAACAAAUCUUUUGCUUAAGAAGAAAAGCCUAAACAAUAUAUAAUGAAAUGCGUUUCCCUUCUGAUGUGGAAGAUGGUUAACCAUUACGUGGUUUGGGGCUUUCAAGGGAAGUUCUGCACAAGAAGGGAAAUGUGUUGGAAUGUCUGCCAGUAUUCUGCCUUUUCCUUCAUUAAGUUUCCCUUUUGAUACUGUUAGGACUGUACAUGUCGAUUUUGUUGUACAAUUUCAGUUAACUCGGGUGGUGGCUUGGGAAGCUCAUGGCUUACUUUCAGCUCAUAACAUGGUAAAGUCCCAACAAGGUUACUGUUCAAAUUGGCCAGUACUGUAAGGAAACUCAGUGUGGAACUGGAAAAUUAAUUAGAAGUGUAAUAGUAAUGGAUAGAUCCCCUUUGAUAAAUGUAGCAUGCUUGUCCUAUUAAAUCUGAAUUAUAUGUAGUAAUUUAGAUUGGCACUACUCGCUUGUGUUUAUUUUAUUAUUUUCACAGGAUACGUUUAUAUAUAUAUAUAUAUAUAUAUAUAUAUAUAUAA